UAUAAAUUAGCUAGAGCUGGCUCGUUUAGUCUGGCUCACGGUUUAGUACAUGCACACAAAGCAAAAACGCUGGUUUGUCUUUUUAAAAAAAAAGAACUUCGUUUCUCUUCAAUUCCGUUACCGUCACUGUCACCGUUCACCUCCGUUUAUCUCAUCCUCACCGUUCAUCUUCUUCGAUCUAACUCGCCGUCGUUCACCUUAUAAUGGACACCGUCAACGAUUCCUUUUCGCCGGGAUCUUCCCGACCUUCGCCGGCGACGCUUUCUCGUGAAGAUUGCUGGAGCGAGGAAGCGACCUUCACGCUCAUCCAAGCCUGGGGUAAUCGCUACGUCGACCUCAGCCGAGGUAAUCUCCGUCAGAAACACUGGCAAGAGGUGGCUAACGCCGUUAACGACCGUCACUACAACACCGGUCGAAACGUUUCCGCCGCCAAAUCGCAGCCGUAUCGCACCGACGUUCAGUGUAAAAACCGGAUCGAUACUCUGAAGAAGAAGUACAAAGUCGAGAAGGCUAGGGUUUCGGAAUCCAAUCCCGGUGCCUACAUCAGCCCUUGGCCUUUCUUCUCCGCUCUCGAUGACCUUCUCCGGGAAAGCUUUCCGACGUCUAGUAAUCCUGAUUCAACUGAUAACAUCCCGCACCAGAGGCUAUCACUUCCGAUGUCCAUUAAUCCAGUUCCGGUCGCUCCACGAUCGGCGAUCCCCAGACGUCCGGCGACAUCGCCGGCGAUUAUACCUCACGCCGGUGACGAUUUACUCGGAUUUCGCGGGAAUCUCAACGCAUUCGCGGCAGCCGCAGCGGCGGCGGCGUGUCCGGCGUCUGAAGAUGACUCGGAAGGUUCAAGGUCUAGAUCGAGCGGUCGUAGCGGGAGUAACAAGAAGCGGGAGAGGAAAAUUGAGAAGAAGCAAGGCUACAAGGAAGUUGCCGACGCAAUUGAGAGGCUUGGACAGAUAUACGAGAGAGUCGAGGAGAAGAAGAGGAAGGAAAUGGUUGAAUUGGAGAAGCAGAGAAUGAGAUUCGCUAAGGAAUUGGAAUGCCAUAGGAUGCAACUGUUCACGGAGAUGCAGGUACGUCUUCAUAAGCUCCGGCGUACCUCUGGCUCCAAAGGACCGACUUCCUCCGCCUCCGCCGGUGAGACCUGAAUCCUUUCUCUCGCCGUAUUUCGUAAUCUGUUCAGAAUUCUAUGUCUUUCUCCAUUGUUUAGCUGUGUAACAGUGACUAUAGCAUAAGAGUAGAAACAAAUUUUACCUUUUUACUUGUGAUAGUCUCUGUGCCAACGACGGCUAUAAUAAACCCAAUCAAAGUACAAGAACAAAUUGAUAUCGCACAGAGAUGAUGAAUCUGAACAAAAAUAAACUAAUUAGUAGCAAGUAUUGGUAUUCAUGGUAAGGAGGAGGUCCUGGUUACAUUUUUCUCCUAGAUGUUGUUGCUUUGUUACUUGUGUUUCUUGUAAUUAUAGUCUGAGUGUGGAAAGUUUUUCUACAAUGACUGAUGUGAGCAUUAGUUGGGAAGCAGUUCAUGAGCUAGAAACUUGAAUCUGCUUCUGUUUGUUGUUAAGCAUGAGUGCUUUGUGAAGUGUUUUGAGUGUGAUGCCCAGUAAGUUUUGAGUGUAGAGUAGCCUUUUUGUUGGUUAGUUGAUUGAGAAGAUUGUGAGUUUACAUGCUAACUGCUUCGAAAGUUAGGAAAUAAUGGGUAUGGAUGUUUGAAAAGAGAAUGCAUGAUAUGUGGAAGGAUUUUUCGGAUGCAUCAACCAUUAGUUUCUGACAUAUAGUCUCAGGAGACAAAAUUUGAUUUUUUUUUGGAUGCAUCAAAUCUUUCCUGCAACUUGGCUAUGGCAUUACACGACAGACAUUUGUUUCUUUCGUUUUCGCUUGGUCCAUAUUUCUUUACUUGUUAGUCACCUGCUAAUUUGAUGAAUUCCUCUUUGCAUUACAUGUUUGACCACUAGAACAAAUUAUCAGCAGCAGGUCUAUGUAUGAAUAAUAAGUGAACUUUUUCUGUUUAUGCAGCUCUUGAUUAUGGGAUGAUGGAUUUCCCUAGUUACUUCUAGAGCAUCAUGAGUUUGUGAUUGUAGCCAUUUUGAUGAAGAUGAGAGAAAGUCAGCGUUCUUCCACCAACCAAUAGAAGAUAUGGUAACAAAGAAACAUGAGUUUCUCUUUGUUUUGUAAAUUUUAACCCUUUUAGAAGAUUCCGAUUCCAACCCAGGAUUGAAAAAAAAAUUGGUGACGUUAUAUUGGUAUAUCUACACAAUGAAACAGUACAAGAAACAGUUUUCAGCAAAAUUAUAUUGGUUAGUAUUGUUUGGUAUUUCUUAGUUUGUGUUCUAAUUUAUGAUUUAAUGAGGUGGAAAAUAAAAAA